GUUAUAUACCAUAAAAGAUUUGCAUAAAUUACAUAAUACAAAAUAUCGUAAAAAUAUAAUAGUUCUUUUUCUUACUAAGAAAACAAAGAUUACCUGUGGUACGAAUCAUUUACAAACUCAACUUGUGUAUAGGAAGUGUAUCAUAUAAUAUGGCAGAAGAAAUCAAUACACUGUUAGUCUAUCUCUAGCAGCAGUAGUAAUAUAAGGAGUUAUUUAUUUAAACCUUUAUACAUUUAAUUGAUAAUAUUGUUCAAUGGCUGCAUUUUCAUUAAAUAUUCAAAAACACAUAGAAUUAGGUCUUGUAGCUAGUGGAAAAUUUGAUGGUUCUCAUGCUUGUUUAGUAGCUGUUACCUCUGGAGGAAAUGUUUUAGUACACAGUCCUCAUAGACAACCUCAAAUUAAGAACAAUGAUUCUGAACAACCAGAUGGAAGAUUAUCUUGGAGUGGAGAACUUGCUGAAUUGCAAAUUGGUAGUCAGGUAACAGCAGUAUGCACUGGGCAUUUUGGAGAAGAUGAAAGAGAUAUUCUUUUAAUAGGAACUGGUACACAUAUUCUUGCUUAUAAUGUAGAAGAUAAUGCUGAUAUUUUUUACAAAGAGAUGUCAGAUGGUGCAUUGUGUAUAACGAUAGGAAAACUUGGAUGGUUAUCUGAUCAAGUAGCAGUAGUUGGUGGAAAUAGUUCAAUAACUGUUUUAGAUUCUAAAGGAAAAGAAAUUUUUUGGACAGUGAUGGGAGAUAUAGUUACUUCUAUUGCAAUAUUUGAUUUUGAAGGCGAUCAUGAGAAUGAAUUACUUAUUGGGACAAAAGAUUUUGAAAUAAAAUUAAUGAAAGAAGAUGCAAUAGUAUGGGAUACGAAAGAAACAGCAUCGAUAACUGCAUUGGCAGGACUUUCAAAUAAACAAUUUGCAUAUGCAGUUGGUAAUGGAACAAUAGGUGUUUAUGAAGUUGGUCAAAGACUUUGGCGAGUUAAAUCUAAACACAGAGCAGUAGCUAUACGAAGUUUUGAUAUAAAUGGAGAUGGUGUAUCAGAACUCAUUACUGGAUGGAGUAGUGGAAAAGUUGAUGCAAGAUCAUGUAAUACUGGAGAUGUCAUAUUUAAAAUACAAUUAUCUACUAGUGUAGCUGGUAUUGUUGAAGCUGAUUAUAGAAGACAAGGUAGACCAGAUUUAGUUGCAGUAUCUAUUUCAGGAGAAGUGCGUGGAUAUGCUUCUGGAACUUCGAUGGAAGCUCCAGAACCUGGUGAAAGAAUGCGUGAAUUAUUAUCUAAGAAACAAGCAUUGCAAAUGGAACUUCGACAAAGAGCUGCAUCAGUUCCAAAUAUGUAUCAUCAUACAAAAUUAGCAGUUAGUUUAAUAUCAGCUAGAGGUGCAGCUCGUCUUGGUGUUGCAGCUGGACCAGGUCUUUUGGUUCAUUGUGCUAUAGUAUUUGCUGAAGGUAUAUUUGAGGGUGAAACACUUGUAGCUCAUCCAAGCAGGCCGCAAGGUGAAUUAGAAAUUGAAUUACGUCCUCCAAAAAAUGGACCUAUUGAUAUUCAUGUAAAAAUUAGUGUUGGUCCACCUGGUGCAGAUUUAUUACAAGUUUUUGAAAUGACAAGACAAUUGCCCAGAUUUUGUAUGUACGAAAUUAUUUUAAAUCCAAAAGAAGUUCCUCAAAUGGAAAUAGAGAGUGGUAUUACUAUAGAGGUUGCUGAGAGAGCACAGCGUAUUGCAUUAUGGUUGAAUCAAAGUCUUCUACUUGCAGAGGAAUUAGAAGUCGCAGAAGAAGGACCAAAUGCUGCAUCUAUUGAACUUUGGCUUCGUGGAUUAAGAGAUAACAAAGUUCAUUGUCUAAAGGCAAAUCCUUUUGGAAAAGUAACAGUACUUACAGAAGACUCGACAUUUGCCGGUGAUAUAGUUCAAUCUUUAGCAAUGUAUUUAGGUCUUAGAGAACUUACUUCAGAAGCCAAAUUUCCAAACGACGAAAGUAAGAUGCUGGAAGCUUUAGAAAGUGUCAAAGGUUUAAAAGAUGUCGAUGCGAAACUUCAAGCGGAAGCUGCUAGCAAUGCUGUUCUUCUUAAAAGCGUUGUCAUUCGUUUAGAAGAUGCACGAAUAUUGCAAAAUGUAGAAGAAAUGAAAAAGAGAUUAUUACAAUUGAAAGCUAUUAACAGUGACCUAAUUAGAAAUCACGAAAUAAGAAUGAACAGUAAUCGAGAUCUUUCAACACAUUUGAAGGAAUUGAAUAUCGGCGUUCAGCGAGUCGCUAAAUUAAGGGUCGGUAAAGCUGCUACAAAUGCAGUUUCACGAUGUAGGACUGCAAUACAGGAUGAAAAUCCAAGGGCGCUUGUUGCAGCAAUGCGAAAUGGUUAAUUCUGAUACCUGAUACAAGAACUAAUAGAUGAUAUCUUUUAAUUUUUUUUUUGCAACAAUAAAAUACAGUCCUCCUA